CCCUCUCGCCGACAUGUCGCGACUUAUCGUGAAGAACCUCCCUAAUGGGAUGAAUGAGGACCGCUUUAGGAAACUGUUUGCAGCCUUUGGCACGCUGACCGAUUGCUGCUUGAAGUUCACCAAGGAUGGCAAGUUCCGGAAGUUUGGCUUCAUUGGCUACAAGUCUGAAGAUGAAGCUAAAACAGCAAUGAACCAUUUUAACAAAAGUUUCAUAGACACCUCUAGAAUCACAGUUGAGCUCUGCAAGCCUUUUGGUGACCCUUCAAAACCUAAAGCAUGGAGUAAACACUCUCAAAAGCUCCCAGCCGCAGAAAAGCAGCCUGAGAAGCCUGUGACAAAUGCAGCUCCUGCACAUGCAAAGAAAGACAAAAAGAAGAAAAAUGCAGCAGAAAACUUGCAGCAGCUGGAACAAGAUAAGACCUUCCAGGAGUUCUUGCAGGUUCACCAGAAACGCUCUCAGGUGGCCACUUGGGCUAAUGACACUUUGGUGGAAGAGCCCAAGAAGGAGAAAUCAAAGGCACCAUCUGAUUACCUCAACUUUGAUUCAGAUGAGUCUGAGGAACCGAGUGACGAGGAGAAUGAGAAUGAACCCUCUGAAUAUGAGGAGGACACCAAAGUAAAGAAAAGCCAGAAGAAGAAGGCAGCUGUCAGGGGAGACCUCUCAGAUAUGGAUUACCUGAAAUCUAAAGUGGUGAAAGGUUCCUCCUCUUCAUCCAGUGCAGAAGAGACAGACAAUGAAGAGCUGGAAGAGAAAAGUGAGAGUGAGGAGGAUUCAGGAAUUGCAGAAACCAUCAGCACCCACGUGGGAAAAAAGGAGCAAGAGACAGCAGUAGAAAAGAAAAAGAAGAAGAAGAAGAAGAAAAGCUCUACACUAGAGCAGAAGAACCAGCUCAGCUCGGGGGAAGCCACCACACCCUUCACAGUGAAACUACGUGGUGCCCCAUUGAACGUCACUGAGCAAAAAAUUCGGGAAUUCCUCUUGCCUCUGAAACCGGCAGCAAUCCGAAUAGGAAAAAAUGCCCAGGGCAAAAAGACAGGUUAUAUCUUUGUUGACUUGAAGAGUGAAGCAGAAGUGAAGAAGGCCUUGAAGCGCAAUAAAGAAUACAUAGGUGGACGAUACAUUGAGGUAUUCCGAUAUGAGAACCCCCCCAAAAAGGAAGUCACAGCAGAGAGUAAUGGCCAGCCAUGGCAAAGAACGAAAAGGGAUGACGAGGAAGAAGAGGACUUGUCUGAAUCAGGGAGACUCUUUGUCAGGAAUCUUCCCUUUACCAGUACUGAGGAAGACUUGGAGAAGAUCUUCUCCAAGUACGGGCCCGUCUCGGAGAUCCAUUUUCCUAUAGACAGACUGACCAAGAAACCCAAAGGAUUUGCUUUCAUCACAUACAUGAUGCCUGAGCAUGCAGUGAAGGCCUAUGCAGAAAUGGACGGGCAGGUGUUCCAGGGCAGAAUGCUGCAUCUUUUACCAUCCACCAUCAAAAAAGAAAAAAAGGAAGAGGCAGGUGCAGAAGAAUCCUCCUCAUACAAGAAGCAGAAAGAGGCCAAGGACAAAGCCAAUAGAGCCAGCUCUCACAACUGGAACACGCUGUUUGUGGGGACAAAUGCUGUGGCCGAUGCCAUUGCUCAGAAAUACAACGCUCCCAAAAGCCAAGUGCUGGAUCACGAGAGCAGAGACAGCGUGGCAGUGAGGGUUGCUCUGGGAGAAACUGAGCUUGUCCAGGAAAUCCGCCGGUUCCUCAUCGAAAAUGGAGUCAGCCUGGAUUCCUUCAGUCAGGCUGCUGGUGAGCGGAGUAAAACUGUGAUCCUGGUGAAGAACCUCCCUGCUAGGACGAGGGUAGCAGAACUAGAGGAGGUUUUUGGCAAACAUGGCAGUCUGGGCCGAGUGCUGCUCCCAGAAGGUGGCAUCACAGCUAUUGUGGAGUUCCUGGAGCCAACUGAGGCCAAGCAAGCUUUCACCAGGCUGGCCUACAGCAAGUUUCACUCAGUGCCACUGUAUCUGGAAUGGGCUCCAAUGGGUGUCUUUUCUGGGCCAGUCCCUCAGAAACAAACCCUUGAGGUUCCAGAAGAGGAAGGGAAAGUAAAGCUGGAAUCAGGUAACGGCACCGACAAACCUGGAAAGGACUCAGAGGUACCAGCUGCACAGGAAGAAGAGGAGGAGGAGGAGGAGGAAGAACACAUUCCGGGAUGUACCUUGUUCAUCAAAAACCUCAACUUUGCCACCACAGAAGACACGCUGAAGGAGAUAUUCUCCAAAGUGGGAGCUGUGAAGAGCUGCACAAUAUCCAAGAAGAAAGACAAAGCAGGUGCUUUGCUUUCAAUGGGCUUUGGGUUUGUGGAGUACAAGAAACCAGCGAGUGCUCAGAAAGCCCUACGUCAACUUCAGGGCUGCUCCGUAGAUGGCCAUAAGCUGGAAGUGAAGAUCUCAGAGAGAGCUCUCAGACCCGCUGUGAAAUCAUCCCGGAAGAAACAAACUCUCAAGAAGCAGACGACUUCCAAGAUCUUGGUCCGAAAUAUCCCAUUCCAAGCUACUGUGAGGGAAAUCAGGGAACUCUUCAGCACCUUUGGAGAGCUGAAGACUGUCCGGCUGCCCAAGAAGAUGGCAGGAACGGGCUCGCACCGCGGCUUUGGCUUUGUGGAUUUCCUCACCAAGCAGGAUGCCAAGAAAGCGUUCAACGCCCUGUGCCACAGCACUCACCUGUACGGCCGGAGGCUGGUGCUGGAGUGGGCAGACACGGAGGAGACGGUGGAGGCCCUGAGACGGAAAACGGCAGAACAUUUCCACGAUUCCCCAAAGAAGAAAAAACGAUCAGAGAUUUUGGAUGAAAUCAUGGGGCACCUGGAGGAGGAGGAAGACAUGAAGGAGGGGAACAACUAGGAGGCC